CAGAACCAGCCUCACUCAUCAUCCACGACAACCUGCCACGCUCUUAACCACCACAAAGAGCAUAUCUAGAACUGGCUUUUGGCCUUCACAUAGACGAAUCUUUUGCACCCAGUCGCAUGGUCCUGUGCAUUCGAACAGCCUCCAAUUACGAACAAAUGACAGCACAUCCCUGCCUACCCCACAGCUUUCAUCAAUAACUUGAACGCUAAAUACAACGACACAAUGGCUGCACCCUCCGGGCCCCCAACCUCAGGGAGCUACCCCAUUUUCCUCAGCCCUGCCCUCCUCAACCAAGGCCUAAGCAACAAGGACCUCAUCACAGCCAUCAAAUACUCUCCCCCCCCCCCGGCGCCCGCGACCUCCGCCCUCCUCAAACCCUCCACCUCCGACCAGCACAAAUACAACUUGACCAUGUCGACGGCAACAUCUACCUCCUUCUACCACGGCCCACGUAGUUCUGGCGCUCCCAAGAAAGCCGCACGCUACGUGCUCGUCUGGGACGCCAGCCGUUCGGGCUGGGAGCUGCGGCCGGUCGACUCGGUGUUCGAGAUGGCAUUUGUGCGGUCGUCCGGAGCGGAGGGCGAGGAAGGGGGACCAACGCAGGACGAGAGUCCUGUGAAGGCGGCACCGAAAGGCCGGAGGAAGAGUGUGGCGGCGCCGAAGGAGGAGGUUAAGAGGCAGAAGACUGCACCGAGGAGGAGGAGGGAGAGCUUGAGUGAGAGUGAGAGUGAUGAUGGGUUGACGAUUGAAUAUCCGGGAGGGAGGGCGCCGACGAGGGCGUUUGGACUGGGGCUUGGGACACCGUUGGGGGGAAGGGAAGAGAGAACGGUUGAGCGUGUGGAUGUAGAUAUGGAUGAGGAUGAAGAUGCGGAUGGGGAUGGAGAUGGAGAUGGGGAUGUGGAGGCGUUGGACCUGGGGAGCCCGGCGCAGGGGGGAAUGGAGGAAGAGGAAAGUGAGGAAGAGAGGGAGGAGGAGGUGGAUCUUGAGGCUGAGCUGGAAAGAGAGCUGGCGAAGGGAGGUGGGGAGAGUAGCGAGAGCGAGGAAGAAUAGUGGGGUUCUGGACAGGAGUAUAUGGGUGGCUUGAAAGGAUUGGCGUUUUAAAAAUUACGAGAAAUACCAUGGCUAUAUACGGGAACGAGUAGCACAGUGCACAAUUAUUUUAUUUGUCUGAGCUAGCUGUCACAACAAGAUUGGCGCCUGAAACCCAAUUGAAAGACAGGUUGAAAGCCGUCCGAGGUAGCUGUCACAACAAGAUUAGCCCCCGAAACUCCAUUGAAAGACAGCUUGAAAGCCUACCCUCUUCCCAACUACUGCUUCUUCGUUGGCUGGCUCCCGGCAGAUGCAGCCUCUUUGGCAUCUUCUUCGUCCUCCUCGUCGUACAUUUCCCUUAAAUACUUAAAUGCCACCUCGGGCCCGCAAGAUCCUGAGGAUGACAUAUCUAUUUUCUCCCGUUUAGCUGGCUAUUGGUGAGCUAGCAAAAUGGUAUGGGACUCACUUGGCCGGGGAUGUUUUUUCUUAUAGGCCUGAUACUGGUCCUCGUCCAUGUUCAUCAUCUUGUCCAUUAUGAAGUCAUACUGUUCCUCGGGAUCGGACACGUCG